UGGAACUCCUGGAUGUCGCUUCUCUAUAAAUCAAGUUACUGAACCAUUAGAUUAUUUUAAAUUAUUUUUUGAUGACGAAUUAGUAAAUUUGAUAACUUGUGAAACAAAUAGAUACGCGAUGACGAAGCCACAGACAUCCAGGAGCCAGUGGAACCCUAUUUCCAUACAGGAAAUGUUUAUGUUUAUUUCUGUAAUUCUUUUGCAAGGAAUUAUUCAUAAACCGGAUGAGAGAAUGUAUUGGACCACGAACGAAACACUUGCCACUCCAAUUUUUCGAAAAAUAAUGUCUAGGAAUCGUUUUUGGCAAAUAAAACAAAAUUUGCAUUUUACAGAUAACCAAAAUUAUAAUCCGCGAACUCAUCCAAACCCUAAACUAAAUAAAAUUUGGCCAAUAGUUCAAAAUUUAUGUUCAAAAUUUUCGCGUCUGUAUGUCCCAGAAAGGGAUAUAGUGGUGGAUGAGAGUUUGAUGCUGUUCAAAGGACGUCUUUCGUGGAGACAAUACAUGCCUCUCAAACGGUCUCGUUUCGGUGUGAAAUUCUACAUGUUAUGCGAGUCCGUAUCUGGCUAUUUGUACAAUUUUAUAAUUUAUACUGGAAAAAAUACAGUUUUCAAUGAAAAAUAUAGAGAUAUGCCUGUAACUUCAAAAAUAGUGUUAUCAUUAGCGGACUCGUUGUUAGGCAAGGGCUAUUGUCUAACAACAGAUAAUUUUUAUUCUUCCCCACAUUUAGCUGAUUAUCUGGUUACCGUCCAAACAGAUUUCUUUGGAACUGUGCGGACGACCAGACAACAGGUCCCGGCUGAGGUUAAAAAUAAAAANGAU